AUGGCCAAAGACAUACCGAUAAGAGGAGAGGAGGCAAAGGAGAUCGUCAGCUUGAUGGGGCGAAGGGUCUGGAGUGAUCAUUUUGUUCAGCAUGCCAACAAGUGCGGGCUCAAGCAGAAAACGGCAAAAGAAGGACAGCAUGAGAAGUUAGAAAAAGUUCUCGUCAAGUGGCUGUACCAAGCAUGGAGCUCUGCGAUCAAUGUUGACAGUGCCAUUCUAAAAGAAAAGGUGGACCUUGUGGCAUUGCGUGUGGGCAUCGACAACUUUCAGGCAUCAAACGGGUGUUAUGGUGACAAGCGUAGUAAAGAGCGUGGGACGGCACUAUUCUGUGCUAGUGAGGACGGUUUCGAGAGGCUGCCCGUGCUCGUUGUUGGAAAGUUUGUAAAGCCAAGGUGCUUUGAGAACUUGAAGAUGCUGCCGUGCAGCUACAACUUCAGCAAAAAGGCAAGGAUGACAUCUUCGCUCUUCAGCAGUUUUUUGCAGCAGCUGGAUAACAAAAUGGUGCUAAGCCGGCUGCAGCCGCUGGAUGCCGGCAUCAUUAAGUGCGUGAAGCAAGGGUACCAGAAGCAGUUAGUGCAGCGUCAGCUGGCGCCUAUUAAGUGCAGCGAGUCGGAAAAAAAGAUUACUGUGCUCGAUGCCAUGCAUUUUAUUGCCAGUUUGUGGAAUGCAGCAUUGCAAAGCGCAAUCGCUAACUCGUUCAAGCACUGUGGCUUUAAGCGAGAGACUGCCUCCUCUGCUGGGGAUGCAACAACCUCGAUGCCGCUUGAGGCCAAUGCAGGCUUCACCAACGACGAUUUCGAGGGUUUAAACCUCACCACGACCUUCGCCGAGUACGUGGAGGCCAACGACAACAUUGCGAUCUGCGGCGAUACGUCGCUAGAUGUCCCCAUCAAGGAGACUUUGCCUAGUGCCGACCCCGCUGUGACAUCGGACGAGGACGAGGACGACACCACAGAUGCCGUACCUGAGCCUACCACGUUUGCCGAGGAGCUAUGGCACAUAGACGGCAUCCGGAACUUCAUCUAUUCACGCGACGCCGCAGAGGACUUCCUUUUGGACGUUGUCCAACUCGAGUGA